AUGUCUGCGCAGCAGGUGCGCGCGGCGGCGCUAGACUUGGACCUGCGGCGGUUCGGCGAGGCGUGCUUGCCGGACGACGUGAAUCGCGCCGAGUACCGCCGCUUGCCAGGGAAGCUCGUCGUGCAGGUGGUGUCCGCCGUAAACGUAUGUGAGCCCAGGGGCGGGGAGGACGCUGAGUCGGCUGCCGCUGCUGCUGACGAGGACGACCGCUGGGACGACGACAACAAUCCGCCCGCCCCCAUCGCUUCCUCUCCUCCUGCUGCUUCCGCUGUUGGUGUGGAUGGGCUGGGAGGGCGAGGUGCAGUAGGUGGCAGUGGGGGGCGAAGGCUGCUGCGUAUUCGGGUGACGGAUGGCAAGAGGAAUGCGAGUGCUGUGGAGAUGCACCCGUGCCCGCACGUGCCCGCUGCUCUUGCUCCUGGCACCAAGACAGAUUUCUUUGUCCUCGUGUGCUGGCUGCUCUUGCUAGGGGCCAAGGUGGCUUUGUUGGACACCACACCACCAUGCAUGCACCACACCGCCUUUCGAGCAGGGCUUGGUAGGACUUAG